AUGCCUGCCUCUCUGGAGUCUUCGCGCCCGAUCAUGGCCCCUUCGACCCGCACCUCUGUCCGCUUCUCCACCUACAGCAUGGCCGCCCCGUCCGUCACCCCCACGGUGCUCAGCACCGACAGCGUCACCGCCGAAAUCCGCCCCAUCGUCGACGGGCUCGAGCGGCUCAAGAACCCGCACCUCUCGGAGCAGCGCGUUUUCCUCAACGAGGAAAAGACAACCAAGCUCGCCAAGCUCGCCCUCGGCGCGAAGCUAGAGCGCGCCCUCGACCGUCGCAUGACGAGCCAGGACGCCGUGAUGCGCCCGCGGAAGCCGUCGGUUUUGGAGGUCACCUCAGAGAAGGAGAAGAUGUGA